AUGCGUCUCAGCCUUGCCGCCGUCGCGCUGCCCCUCGCCGCCGCCUACUCGGCGCACCCGAUGCUGCUCAAGGCCGUUGAGCAACAGGGCUGCGCGCUGCCCUCCAACUACACAAUCCGCGACUUUGUCGGGCAGACCAACGGCACCAACGCCGACGCCGACGCCUCCUCGCCGACCUACAUCGCCUUCGCCUACGCCGACGCCGCCACCCAGGUGCAGACGAGGUGCCAGUUCAACGCCACGUCCAAGUCGACGACGCCCGAGGGGCUCACGCCGCGCUUUGCCUGCGAGAACCGCGAUGUCAAGUUCAUCUGGCAGCCGGGCCAGUUGACCAUGGUCGAGCGGGCCUGUCCCAAUCCGCAGGGAACACCCCUCUACGAAGCCUCCGGCAGCGUCACCAUCCAGGCCCCCUGCAAGGCCGGCCGAUGUGUCGCCAACGCCACUGAAUACACUGGCCGAUUUGCUAGUCUCUCGCCUGUCCGAGAUCCGACCAGCUUCAAGAUGGCCUAUCAAAUGAUGGAAAUUGAAUGA